AUGUUGAGGAUACUUUGGUGCGCCCUUGCUCGUGUAGCAUGGGGCGCUUGCCUGGAGAAUGCCAUCCCGUUCGAGCAGCGCUUGAACAUCACGGUUGAUGGACGGUCCAUGCCCGUGGGCGUUGCCUAUGGAACCUGGAACUCCAACGAGCUGGUGAGUAAGGUCUUCGGGAUUCUCGUCGAAGAAGUAGCGGGAUACCACGUGGUCUAUAACCGCGAAAGUGGCAGUGCGGAGAUGAUUCGAACCUUGGGGGGCUGUCCGCCCUCGAUGACGAACUUCAGCCAGUGCCGGACAGACCCCAGGAGGUCUCAUUUCACCUUGGAGAACUGGGAAGACACCGUGACGGUGGAAUGGGACAUGAUCUUUCGCGAGAUGGGCGAGUUCGCGCCGGUGAACUUGGGCUCUGCAGGCUACUCCGGCUACGACGGGGUCUACAUCUUGCAGGAUGCCAGGGAGAGAUGUCAGGCAGAGACGGGCUUGCAGCUCUCCUACUACAGCAACUUCAAUGCCAGCUGGUUCCACCCUGACCGCUACGCAGCCACCGUGGCCAUGAUUGCUCCUCACCGGGUCAUGAACUGCACGGUGGGAGUGAACUUCUUCCACCCCGAGUACGCCAAGGAGUACGUGAGGGCGACGGGUGACACCCAAGCCACUGAGGAGGUGGAUGGCCGGUUGGUGCUGAAAUGCUUCCAGGAACGCUGGUUUGUGGCGCCCAGCUGCCGUGGCAACGCCUCCAACUGCGUGGCCGUGGUGACUUCAGGUGCGGGCUGGGGCCUGCACUUCAUGAUCCAGCAGGCCUACUUUCACAACAUGCCACUGGCUUUUGCCUCUGCGGAGUGGGAGGAGUACAUCGAUAUCAACCUCGAAUUCCAGUCGGCAUUAUACUGGUGGAGGCCUGAUGAGACUUUUGUGCUCCAACGCGGGAUGGCGGUGGUCUUCCCAUCCCAUAGCGUGUCGGAGUACAAGGCUGGCAUCUACCGGACUUCCCAAAAGGAACUGACCUUGCGGAAGUAUGCGGCUGCCGGCUUGGAUGUGGUGGCAGAUCGAGUCUAUGGACUGGCAGAGAAUCUGAACAUCGGGGAUGGCGACAUGGCGAACUUGCUGUACCUCCAUGCCCAGAGCCAAGCGGUCAACAAUGGGACAGCACCCGAGACCUGGGACACUGCCUGUAGGUGGAUUUUGUCGAACACAGAUGCGUGGCAAAGUUGGGUUCCGUAUCAAACGGUUUGCGCCGUGGGUAAAGGCCUGGUGGAUCUGCAAAACAACUUUGUCUCACUGAGGAGCGAGGCGGUCAACUGCGCGGUGUGUCCUCCGGGCUUCGCCUCUUUGAAGAGCCAGUCGACUCGGGUGUGCUCCAAAUGCCAGCCCGGCUUCUACCAGAACUCCUUCCGCGCUGCCGAGUGUUUGCCCUGUGAGCCUGGGACCAUCUCCUCCGAAGCGGGCUCGCAUCAUUGCACGCCCUGCAGCUUGGGCAGCUUUGCCAAUCGCAGUGGCAUGUUAGCGUGCGACCGCUGUGGGAAUGGAAGCCAAGAGGAGCUUUGGACCACCAGCAUGCAGGUGGAUGUGUAUGAGGAGACCACCUGGAUUCAGGUUCAAGGGGCCAGCUCAGCGCAGUUUUGCUUCUGCGUUGAGGGCAGCUUCCUCUGGCAGGGGAGGUGCCAACAGUGUACCACCGGGUCCUACUGCCGGGGCUCCAACCAGCUCGAGGUGUUGCCGGGCUACUUCUCUUCGUCGGUGGCGCCGGGGGAGAUCUACAAGUGUCUCUCCGCGAGCCACUGCCCCGGGGGCAAGCCGGGCACCUGCACCGUUGGGCGUGACCCUGACUCAUUGGGUUGCAGUAGCUGUUUGAGCAUGCUGCGCGCGAAGGAUGGAGGCUCCUGUGGAGAGUGUGACAAUGGGGACUAUCUGCUGGCGGUGGCAUCUGUGGCAGCAGUCUUCAUCGGUGUCGGGAUCAUCUACUAUGUUCUCUUCCAGGAGCAGAAGGUGAGCCAGCCUGGGCCUUUGCUCAUCACCAUCACCAGCGUCACCCAGUUGUUGACCACGGUGCAGAUCCUGAGUGUGGUACAUCUCUUUGACAUCCCUUGGCGAGAGCCAUUCGCAAGCAUCCUGGAGUUCUUGAAGAUUUUCAACUUCAACUUGGAUGUCCUGUCCAUCGCAUGCCUCACUCCUCUGGACUCCUUGGGCGAAUAUGUCCUGCGCGUUUGCUUGAUGCCAGUACUCAUGCUGGUUGCACUGCUGGUGCACUUUGGUUACUUGCUCUUCUUUCAUCGGCCGAUGAGCCUGCGAAACCUGAAGCUCAGCCAACUCUUCCGCACCAUUGGCACCAUUUUCAUGAUCUGGUUCAUCAUUGUCUUCUCCCUGCUGCUGGAGCCUUUCCAGUGCUAUGAGCAUCCCAAUCAGGUGCUGACCUUGAAGCACAUGUAUCAAUCGGUGCUCUGCAAUGGUCAAGGGCGGCACAUGCACAUGUACAUCAUUGGCGGCGUGGCCUGUGCCAUGCCUAUGGGCUUCCUGGUCUUUUGCACCUGGAUUGUGUUGGUGGAGAUCCCGAAAGGAAUCGCGCAGGUGGACACCAGCGCGCUGGAUGCCUAUUUCUUCCUCAUCCGAAGGCUCCGUCCCGGCGCGGAAAUCUUCUCCGUGCUCUUCCAGGUGCGAAAUCUCUUCGUGGUCUUGUGCCCGUUGGUUCCUUCCAUGUCAGGGAAGAUAGUAGCUCUCAACCUAGUGCUGGGCGCCAACCUGAUCGCGGUGGUUUAUGUGCUUCCCUGGCGCUCAGCAGUCUCCAACUUCUUAGACGUUGUAUUGCUCUGCGGGCUCUUAGGGAUCACGGAAAUGGCUGCCUUGUUCGUACAGGACGUGGAUGCGAGCAAUGACAUUUGGGUCAUCAUGGCAUGCCUGUCGUUGAUGGUUCUGGGUAUUUUGGGCGCCGUCGGCUUUGGCAUCUACAAGGCUAUUAGACAGAAGUUUCGGAAGGAGUUCAAGUUCUUCUUAUGUCACCAUAAAGCUGCCUCGGGGUCGAUGGCUCGACUGUUGAAGAUCGAGCUGCAGAAUCGCAGCCCUGGCAGCAAGACCUUCGUUGAUAGUGAUGACCUGAUGAAUCUCACACGGCUCUUCAGUUACGUGGCCCAGGACACGGACACCUUCGUGGUGCUCGGGAGCCCCGCGAUCUUCACGCGGAAGUGGUGCAUGGGGGAGAUGGCCACGGCCUUUACAAACGAGGUUCGUACCGUCCUCUUGGCCUGGCCGACCAUGGUCUUGCCCGACGAGCAGUUCAUCGAGAACUACCGGUCCACUGUGCCGGACAUCAAAGAGCUCACCAAGUUCGGGAUCAGUUUGACGGAUGUGAGGAAGACCCUACGCAAUUUGGUGAAUGUGGAGACGCUCUGGCUCCCAGGCUUGCUCACGGAUGCGGCGGUGAAGCAUCUGGUGCAGUCUCUCACGGGACAUCGUGGAAGUACCAACCUCACGCCGAGGGUGAGCGGGCUCAACAACCCGGAGAGCCCCUCCAACUCGAUGGUGGUGCCCAUCAUGGUGGAUCCAAAGAACAUCGAAAGCGUGGCGGCAGCCCUGGUCUUGCAGCAUCUCCUGAGGCCACUGCUCUUGAGACACAUGAUGCUCCCCUGCGUCAUGCGGGAAGGGCAGCAGCUGCCCACCGAAGCCAAGAGCACGAUUCUCAUUUGUAGCGAGAACUGCUUUCUCUCGAGCCAGAUGCAACAGUGGCUCCUUCAAGCCGGGAAAGUGCAGUCGUGCAGCAUCAUUCCAGUGAUUGCAGAGGACAAUUUCCUCGUACCUUCGCCCAGCUUUUUCAGCGACCUUGCGGCGACCACCUCGCAAAGCUCUUCGACUUCUUUGGUCCAUGCUGAAAUGGCGGCCUAUACGCAGGUGAUCCGUGCGGUCUUCCAAGAGAUCGCCAUCCUCUUCGUGCCGCAGAACACGGCAUCGACUCAGGAAGACUUGGAGCUGCGCGCCAACAAAGCGGCACAGCGGUUGUUAAACCCUCCCUUGUCCGUGGCAGACAAGCUUCGGCGGUUCAGUGUUUUCAGUGUGACCAACUCGCACCUCUCGCUGGACACUCCCACUUCCAAUGGUGCCCCUGCACAAGUUCUUUACAUGCAGCCCUUGGAGACAGUCCCGUCCAUGGACUUCUCCUUUGCGCUGCGGCCCGCCAUGGGUUCCGUACCCACGACACCUCGCUCUGAUGGGGCGGGGCGGACUGCCAACGUCCAACGUGACCCCGUCACGAUUUGGGCUUUCUUUCCGGAUCUCCUCUGGGCCACCGACCAAUUGGUUCUGGGGCCUCGUUUCCGCGGCAACAGGAUGGCCAACAGCUGCAGGAUUUCCUUAAGCAGAUUAGCCAGAGGCCAAGUCUGGGUUGCAAAAGCUUCUCGACCCUCUUGUGCGCCCAGCCAGCCACCCUUGAGUGGGCUGGGGAAACUCAGCUGGAGGGAGCUGGAGCUGGACUUCAGUGUGAAUGCCCUGCAAAAGCAGAUCCUCAGCCGGAUGUCGGGCCGGGCUCGGCCCGGGGAGGUUUGUUGCAUCCUUGGCGGUUCCGGCGCAGGCAAGAGCACGCUGCUGAACGUGCUGGCUGGGAGGCAGCUCACCUCUCGUGUCUUCCACAUCGAUGGCGAUCUCCGGGUGAACGGCCGCUCCGUGGAGCCCUGGCGCUUGCGACCCCGCGUGGCCUAUGUGAUGCAAAAGGACGAGUUCUUCGCCACCGAAACCCCUCGAGAGGCGAUCCUCUUCUCGGCCCGGCUGCGGCUUCCAGCGAACGUGCUGAACCUCCUCGAGGAGAAAGGGAUCGACAGUUACAUCUCUCAGCUUUUGGAGAACCUGGGCCUCUCUGGUUGCUGCGACCGGCGCAUUGGCGGUGCCAGCUUGAAUGGCAUUAGCAACGGCGAGCGCAAACGAGUGAGCAUCGGAGUGGAACUGAUUACCAGGCCUUCGAUCGUGUUUUUGGACGAGCCGACGACGGGGUUGGACUCCUUCAGCGCUUGGCAGGUGAUGCGGAUCGUCAAGGAUCUGGCGGAUAGUGGAUGUACUGUCGUGUGCACCAUUCACCAGCCGUCCUCGGAGAUCUUCGCCUUGCUCGACCGCGUGAUUUGUCUCUGUCACCAGCGUGCCAUCUUUCACGGCCCAGCCACUGAACUGUCCCGCUGGCUGGAGAGGUCUGGAAGACACGUCCCGCGGGAUUACAACCCUGCGGACUACGUGAUGUUCCUCAUGGAGACUUUGCCGCGCAGCGAGUUGGAGGCUUUGUGCGACAAGAGCCGCGUGAGUCGCGACAGCAGCUUUCGCCCCAGCGCGGAUGGAGGGGCAGCGCCCCGGCUGGAUCCCUCGAAGAUGCGGAAGUCCUUUGGGCUGCAGGUCUGGUGCCUCACUCAGAGGGAGUGGCGUAACUUGAGGCGAGAUAGUGCCUCGUUGAAGCUCCGCUUCGUGCUGACGGCCUUUCUCACUAUCCUCUUUUCUCUGGUCUUCUCGGCUGUGGGAGAGCACCCCAUUUUGCAGCGGCUGCGGCGGAAAGGGCCCUUGCAUUCGCUCCUGGUGCACCCCAAGCUACGGCGAGUGCAGCGCUUGGUCUAUGCAAAUGAAGUGACCUUGUUGCAACAGCUGCAGCAAGAGAUCGAGUACCACUACAAGGCGGUGGUGCAAGUGGGCUUCACGGCGAUGUUCAGUGCGUCGCAACCCACGAUCUUGAGCUUUCCCUUGGAGCGCCCGGUCUUCCUGCGGGAGUACUCCUCCAACAUGUAUGGGACCUUAGCUUAUUUCCUCUCAAAGAUGCUAGUAGAGGUGCCACUGGGAGCCGGGCAAGCUCUGCUGGCCUUGAGCAUCUCUCACCAUUUCAUGAGGUUUCAGGGCGAGUUCUGCGAGAUGUGGGCGACGGUCUGCCUGCUGAACGCCUGUGCCGUCUCCUUCUCUCUCUUGAUCGGCUGCCUGGUGCGCUAUCCUCGCGAGAGUGGUGCCAUUGGCCCGUUGGUCUUCGUGCCGCAGCUCUUAAUGUCAGGGACCUUCAUCCCGGUCCAGGCAAUCCCGCAGUUCCUGCGGUGGAUGCAGUACGUGAGCUUCCUUCAGUAUGCUGUGAAGCUCCUGGCCAUCGUCGAGUUCCGAAGGACCGACCCGAUGCUUCAGAGGCUCAUCUUCCGGACCAUGGAGGUGGACCCGGAGUUGACGAGGGUCUAUGUGACGACCUUGCUUUCGAUGUGUUUGGCCUUCGCGCUCUUGGCGAUCAAGCUCUUGCAUGGGAAGGGAGACCCCAUGGUGGAGAGAAGCGCCGAUGUGAGAGGAGGUGUCCACGUCUGUUCCGUGCGGAGAAAAGAGGCGGUAGACUUGGACAAAGCCUCACCGGUGGAAGGUUUGUUGGACUCGGUGGCCAAAUGGGCGAAGGACACGUGGUAUUUGGGGCCAACCAGAGCUCGCCCGAGCCCCUUCAAGGCGCCGCUGUUGUCGCGAGAGCGCGUGGGCAGCGAUGACCACAGCACCCUCGCACGCGCCUCUCUGGUGCUCGGCACGACCGACCAGCGGAUUCGGGCCCGCUCCGAGGUUGGCCCUGAGAGAAAGACAUCGGUCUCAGAGGAGACCUCAGCCGGCUUCGGCUCUUCCUCAGUGCCCAUUACCCGAUGCCCUGGGCCCUCCGGGAGAUGCUAUUCGGUGGCGGUCCACCAAAGCAUCGGAGACAGGAAGACGCAGGAAGACCGCUACACCUUAGUGCCCCGCCUAGAUCCCAGUCUGGAUGUAGCGAACUCCUUCUUCGGUGUCUUCGAUGGCACCGUGGGCGACUUUGCUUCCCACACUGUCAAGGAUUUGGUCGUCCCGAAGCUCUUGGAGUCACCCCAUUGGAAGGCUUUUCGCCAAAGUUACCCCGCCAAGCCAGCGGAAGAGGAGCGCCUCCUAAGCGAGGCCUUCCACGACAUGUACAGAAUGGCAGAUGCUGCCUUAUUGACACAGUGCGCCAGAUAUACGCAGCACUACGCGACGUGUACCUCGGUCACGGUGCUCAUCGUGGGGGACUUGCUGGUCGUCGGGCAUCUGGGCGAUAGCCGGGUGAUCCUGGUCAAGGAGGAGGAGGCUGGCUCUGGAAUCCUGGUCGGUGAACAGCUAACCCUGGACCACAAGCCAGACCUUGACUGUGAGCGGCAGCGCAUUGAGCAAUGCGGCGGUAUGGUGGAGCGCUUGCAGAACCAUGGGAACAAACCCUUCAUCCGCGGGGGUGACUUCAUAAUGCGCAAGGCGUUGGGCGAACAGCCCAUGCAGCUGCAAUACUCUCGAGCCUUCGGGGCAAAGGACUUGAAGAUCUUCGGCCUGAGUAGUGUUCCGGACGUCAAGAUCAUCCGGAUGGACUCCGGUGCGGUGAAGAAUGUGCGCUUCUUGGUCUUGGCCUCUGAUGGCCUGUGGGACGUCAUGAGCGCUCAAGAGGCUGCUCGACAGCUGCAGGAGGCGAUCGCCCAUCGGCAGCACCCGGCGGAGUGCUUGGUCCAGGCAGCGCUCAACACCCAGGGCCGCUUGGGUGGCCGCGCGGACAACAUCACGGCCGUCACCGUGCAAUUCGAUUGA